CACGAUAUAGCUCCGUCGCAAUAUAUCCGGUAUAUAUUUCUCUUUCAAUAUUCGUUGCGUAGUCCGGCUAUUCCCGACAAACUCUACCAACAAAAGUCCGGCCGGCCCAGUGCUCGCAUCGCCCGGCCCGUCCGCCAGCUAAAUCCAUAAUUUUUUUUUGGCUUGCCAAACCCCCUGGGACGCCAAACACGCCCCUCCUCUUAUCCUGUCAACCCUUUCUCUCCUUCAGACUUGGGCAUUCUAUCAAACCUCCAUCGUCUCGUUGAUUUUGCUUGCUACCUUGCUUGCUUACCUGCGGCGACUUCCUCUCCUUUUUUUAAUUUGCCGAAUUGUCCGCUUAAUCCUGCGUUUCUUGUCUGCUGCCGCCACCGGGCUCGCGUGCACCGGCAACUCGACACACUCCUCGUCCUCGUUCUCUUUUUUCCAGACCAUCGCACGAACGACUCCGAUCGAAAGACAAACACAUACAAACAAAGGGACAAAACACCCCGUCUAAGGCAUGGAUAACCGCACGUCGGGCUCCCCAUCCGCAGCCAUGGUCAACACUACGCUCUUCGACACAUCGCUCCCGCCCCUGCCGGGCUACACCCUCGAGCCGGUGCCCAACGUGCUCCCGUGGCUCUCCGACUUUUGGCUAUCGCUGGUCCUUCCGGUCAUUGCCUACUGGUCCAUGUCGCUCUUCUUUCACAUCAUUGACCAGCUCGACCUGUUUCCUCAGUACCGCCUGCACACCCCCGAGGAGAUUACAAGCCGCAACCACGCCUCGCGCUACGAGGUCGCCCGCGACGUCAUCAUCCAGCAGGUCAUCCAGAUCGCCACCGGUGCGCUGCUGCAGCUGGCCGAUCCCCCCGAGUAUAUUGGCAAGAAUGAGUACGAUGUCGCCGUCUGGGCUUCGCGCAUCCGUGUCGCCCAGCGUGCCCUGCCGUCCGUCUUGAGCGUCAUUGGCCUCAAUGCGGCCGCCAUCUCAAAGAACAUGUCGACUUCGCAUCCAUUGAUUGCCGGCGCGCUGGCAGGCGGCUAUUACCCGUUCCUCAUGACCGAUAAGGCCGUGCCUGCGUUUGCCGACUGGGAGAUUCUCCUCGCCAAGGCUAUUUACCACAUUGUCAUCCCGGCCAUCCAGUUCUUUGUGGCCGUCUUUAUACUCGAUACAUGGCAAUAUUUCCUCCAUAGACUUAUGCACAUGAACCGUUGGAUGUACACUACUUUCCACUCCCGCCACCACCGCUUGUACGUGCCGUAUGCAUACGGAGCUCUGUACAACCACCCUGUAGAGGGCUUCCUGCUCGAUACGCUCGGCGCCGGCAUCGGCUUCAAGGUGACGGGCAUGACGACGCGCCAGGGCAUGUGCUUCUUUACCUUUUCGACCAUCAAGACAAUUGACGACCACUGCGGCUAUGCGUUCCCCUGGGACCCUCUGCAGCUCAUUACCAACAACAAUGCUGCCUACCACGACAUUCAUCACCAGACUUGGGGCAUCAAGGCCAACUUUUCACAGCCCUUUUUCACAUUUUGGGAUAGUCUGCUGGGCACGCAGUACAAGGGCCCGCGGACGGACCGUCUAGCAGAUAAGGAGCGACGACAGCAGGCCAAAAAGGCCCAGUAAUGGAUAUCUUUGCUGGGUGCCUCUCCCCGUCUUUUUUUUUCUUACUUCUACUUGCUGUAUAAGAAUGUAUGUACACCUUUUGUAAUGGCGGAGCGUGACGGAAAGGCUGAAGAUAAUGAGCUGGUUUUCAUUGCAGUAUUUUGGAUGGCGUCUCUCAUAGCAUAAUCGUAAUCACUUUUUUUUAUUCUUCGAUUUUCCGUUCGCAUGAAUUUUACUUUAUUUUUUCGGCUGAUGUUGGUGCGCGCAGGAAGCUUAUGCGCAUUGUGCGGUUAAGCAAGCGCAGUGUGUACAAGGUUGACAGUUUCAGAUAGUGAAUGCAUGAAUGCCAACGGGAUGCUACUCCUCGGCAAUGACUCAAAAAAAGAAAAGAAAAAACAAAAAAGAAACACAAUCUUAAUCGAAAUACACAUAAAAGGGCAUAAUGGGAAGAUAGAAUGGAUUAUGAGCUGACGUCACCGCAGGUACAAUUGCACCUGUAGGUUAGCAGUCUCGUUGGUACGUAGUACCGCCGCGUGGUGGUUGCGGCGGACCCUUGGCGUCGCAACAUGUCUGAGGCGUUGCCCGCGUCUUGUCUCUCCCUGACGUCCUGCCCUACAGUGUAUUAAAGCCCAUACAGUACACGCGUCUGCCAGAAUAUAACCAGGCAUUAAAGAGUCUAUAAAUAAGCACCUGCUCGAAAAGAGCCAAAAAAUCGCGCCAGAUUUGCUCUCACAGUUUGGGAGGGAUGCGAGAGAGAAGACCUCAUUUCCCGCUACGUCACAUUUUCCAGCGCUGCUUUUU